ACUCUCUCUUUCUCUCUCUCUCUUAACUUCAUACCUACCAAUAAGAUCGGUGCUAAGGACUUCAAUAACUUUCUCAUUCACCAUCUUAAAACAUCAUUCUUCUUACUUAACUCAAUUCAUCAUUCUUUCUCACUUUGGUUUAUGGCACUUGUCAUUUCCACCUUUUUUUUUCUUCAUAACCAGUAUCUUCCCUGUUAAAGUCCCCCUUGACCCCCCCCUUUCCAUCAUUCAUCGUCUAUUCCGUCUUAUCGUCUUUUCAAGGUGAAUUCAUAAUACCAAUUCACAGGCUAUGGCCCCCCCGAGACAGAACCAAGCUCCUCCUUUUUCCAAGGACGAGAAAGUAUUGUGUUUUCACGGUGACCUGAUGUAUGAGGCCAAAAUCAUGGAGGUCAGUGUCAAGUCUGGUCAGAAGCCCGAGGAUGCGCAGUAUCGUAUCCACUACAAAGGGUGGAAGGCGAGCUGGGACGACUGGGUCUCCCAGGACCGCAUCCGCAAAUUCACUGAGGACAACAAACAGCUCGCUAGUCAGCUGGAAGCCCAGGCCCGGAUGCGAAGUUCUGGCUCUAAGGGAGGAAAGAAGGGGAUUAAAGCUAACGGUUCCGAGAUGAGUUCUGCUCGAGGUAGUGAAGAGCGUGUCGCCGGAUCUUCGAGCUUCGGUAGAGGCCCACGACGUGGUAGGGAUUACGAACUUGAGAACGAAGACGCAUUUCACGCCAGACCGUCUAUCAAAAUUUUUGUUCCUGAUAUCCUGAAGGCAAUGCUUGUCGACGAUUGGGAAAACAUUACCAAGAAUAACCAACUUGUUCCUCUCCCUCACCCUCACCCCGUGACUAAGAUCCUUGAGGACUAUGCCGCCUAUGAGACUCCGAAACGCCCUGCAGGUUCAUCCCACGUGGACAUCCUUGAAGAGACUUUAGCUGGCCUGAAAGAGUAUUUUGACAAAUCUCUUGGGCGUAUCCUCCUCUAUCGAUUCGAGCGCGCCCAAUACGCAGAAAUGUAUAAGAAGUGGAUGUCUGAUGACGCUGAAUAUCAAGGCAAGACUGCAAGCGAUACCUAUGGUCCUGAACACUUGAUGCGUCUAAUCGUAUCGUUACCGGAGCUUGUUGCUCAAACCAAUAUGGACCAGCAAUCGGUCAACCGCCUGCGUGAAGAACUGGUUAAGUUCUGCACCUGGUUGUCAAAGAACACCACGGAGUACUUCGUUAGCCAUUACGAAUCUCCCCCUCAGGACUAUAUCCAGAAGGCCAAGGACUAAUUUGAUGUUCGUCUUCCGGUUAUAUCCAUGACUCCUGGAAUUUGUGACUCUUCAUCUGGCAUGUUCUACUAUUUAGAGUCGUGUCGAAGAACCAAGAUAGACAUCCCCUCCGCCACAGUACGGUCUUUGGUGCUUCUAGCUCCGAAACGAUAUUUUUCGAUUCCCUUGUACGAAUACUAGAUUUCAUACGGUCGAUGCGAAAAAAAAAAGGGUUUUCUGUUAGGGCGUUUUGCCAGGGUUACGCAUACCACAGGGGGCCACCAGGAAAUGAAACUUGUCCGCCUGUAACAUAAAAAAGAAGGAAUAACUUGCGAUACUGGUCUAGACGUUUUUAUUUUGAGGAUUUGUUUGAUUUUUCGAGUUUCCGUUUUUUUUUUUAAUAAUAAUUACACCAGUAUUGCGCCGAGUCGUCUUAAGAUUUUAUUAUAUACAUUAGGUGA